UCCUCCCCUCCAGCAGAUGAGCAAGAUGGCGCUAUGUGGAUUCAGCACUGAACAGCUCCCAUCGGGCUUUUUAACAAACGGUUUCAUUUGGGCUUAAACCCAGCAAUUAAAACCAGAGCCAGAAUUUGCCUAGGGUCUUUCUUCUGCAGUCGGAGCACACGGAAUGCUCCACAGGACGCGCGUGUCGUUUGGUGCAGAGAAGCAGCCGAACCCACCGCAGAGACCCUCUCUACGAGAAUGAGCAGAGAAGAUUCACACGAACACAACGCUGGUUUGCGGUGAGACUCAUCCGUAAGAUAAUGGACUGCAUCCAGUGGAUUUGUCUGGCAAUUCCCUUGUUCUGACUCUAUAGCAUGGAGGAGCGAUGGAAUGACAUGUUCGAACAGAAAAUAAACUCUUUUAUUUAGCAUCAGAGACAUCGUUGUUGGACUUCACGUUAUCUUCAGCAUGUCAGGCACUGUAACACUGCUGGUCAUGUCUGCGUCGGUUUUCAACCCUAGUUUUGCGCUGAGCUCUCAUUUUGACUCAGAUGGCGCUCCACUGAGUGAGUUGUCCUGGUCGUCCUCUCUGGCUGUGGUGGCUGUGUCUUUCUCUGGACUCUUUACCUUCAUCUUCCUCAUGCUGGCUUGCCUAUGCUGUAAACGAGGAGACAUUGGCUUUAAGGAAUUUGAGAAUGCAGAGGGAGAGGAAUGUCAAGCGGAUAUGUCUACGCCGGCAUCGCCUGCAUCACACACCGGUCCUGACGUCUACAUCCUGCCUCUCACCGAGGUCUCGCUGCCCGUCGCCAAGCAACCAGGCCGAUCAGUCCAGCUCCUGAGAUCCACAGAUCUUGGCCGUCACAGUUUGCUUUAUAUAAAGGAGAUUGGGCAUGGCUGGUUUGGCAAGGUAUUGUUGGGGGAGGUUCACUCUGGUCUCAGCAGUACCCAGGUGCUGGUGAAGGAACUAAAGGCCAGUGCCAGCGUGCAGGAACAGAUGCAUUUUCUGGAAGAGGCACGGCCAUACCGGUCUCUCCAGCAUCCGGCUCUAGUGCAAUGUCUCGCUCAGUGCACAGAGGUUACACCCUAUUUAGUGGUCAUGGAGUUCUGCCUGCUGGGUGAUGUUAAAGGUUACCUGCGCAGCUGCCGGGCAACAGAUUCCAUGACCUCUGACCCCUUACUACUUCAGAGGAUGGCGUGUGAGAUCACUUCAGGCUUGCUCCACCUUCACAAAAACAACUUCACCCAUAGUGAUCUGGCUUUAAGAAACUGUCUGCUAACAUCAGACAUAAAAGUUAAGAUUGGAGACUAUGGACUAUCACACAACAAGUACAAGGAUGACUACUUUGUGACAUCAGACCAGACCUGGAUUCCCUUACGCUGGAUUGCCCCUGAACUGGUUGAUGAGGUUCAUGGUAACUUACUGGUGGCGGACCAAACCAAGGAAAGCAACAUCUGGUCACUUGGUGUAACAAUCUGGGAGCUGUUUGAGUUGGGGAAUCAGCCAUACCGUCAUUAUUCAGACCGACAGGUUCUCAGCUAUGCUGUAAAGGACCAGCAAUUGAAACUGCCCAAGCCACUUCUCAAGUACCCUCUUUCUGACCGCUGGUAUGAAGUCAUGCAGUUCUGUUGGCUUCAGCCUGAUCAGAGGCCCAAUGCAGAAGAAGUUCAUCUCCUGCUAAGUUACCUAUGUGCCAAAGGAGCCAGUGAGGCAGAGGAAGACUUUGAGAGACGAUGGAACUCCAUGAGACCAAACACAAGUCAUGCUAAUGUCCAUGGAGCUGGUGCACUAGCAAUCGACAUGCCCAUGUCAUCCACCACUUCCUCAUUCCCCCUACUGGAACAGUUCCCCAGUGGAGACGGCUACCAUUCAGAAUCUGGAGAUGACAUCUUAACGGUUACUGAAACCAGUCAUGGCCUCAACUUUGAGUACAAGUGGGAGCAGGCACGGGCUGAACAGCACUACCAAUCUUCAUCCACCACUGGCACUUUGGGUCAAGGCAAUCCCCAUUGCCAGGAGGUCUACUACCCCCCAGGCGGAAUGGUGGGGGGCUGUGCUGUUGACGGACUUGCCCUAGGGGUUUCUCCUUCAUAUUAUGAGCCCAAACAACUACACACCCCUGGUGUGGUACCAGUCCUGAGUGCUCACAGUCCACCAGUGGGUAAUGAGUACUACAUUCGUAUUGAGGAGCCAUUACAAAGCAAUAUUGAUAACUUCACCAUGUGUGCUUACAGCCCAGAGUUUGGGGGGAGCAAUACAAGUUUUCUAACAGGAAGUGGAGACUCUCAGGAGUGUAUGAACUGUCCCCCUGAAGCUAAACCAGACAUUUAUUGGUCAGCGGAUAUCCACAAAAGCAGUGCCUAUGAUUCAGACACCAGUCCUGCUAUGUCUCUAACUAUGGAGCCUCUUUUAGGUCAUGGUAGCCCUCUUAGAGCAUGGGAGUCUGGUCAUUAUGUCUCAUACAAAGACAGGGAUGGAGGUUACUACUAUGAACCAUCACCUCCUAAGAUCAUGGACUGCUACAUGAUACGAGAUCGAACAGAGCAUCCACGAGAGAGCUGGGGGUCUCGAAGCUUAAGACAAGCACUUGGGGAACUGGAGGAGCCUUUAGGCAUUUCACCAUCAAUUGGAAGUCCUCCACAAGACUAUGCUGAUCCCUACUUGGAGAACAUUCAAGACUCCAUUAUAGGAAAGAAUGUUACAGGAGGAUAUUAUGAUAUGAUGGGCUCUUUGAGGAAGACUAUGCCAGGUAACCACUCAGUUUAUAUUGACAUGGCAUCAGGUGGUGCUAUAUUUGUAGGACGAGAUGACAGCGACUCUGAGGAAGAGGAAGACAUCUUUGUGGACAGGCGAGGAAGAAGUUGGUCCACCAGCAAUCCAGCAAAUACAAACACAAGGACCUUGCAUCAAAGGCAUGGGUCUUGUAUCCAAGAUUCUUAUGCUGAUUUUCACUACACUAUGCCGAUGACUGAUGUUGAGGAUACAUGGCCAGAAGAGCAGACCCUGCUGCAUAUGGCCAAACCUGUUGACUGCUUAGAUGCAACAGUCAAAAGCAACACUUGUCUAGUGCAUGGAAGACAUGUACCUUCAAACCCUUCACCUGAGUGCAGCUCAUAUAUCCAUAUGUGCCAUGAACCCAGAGAGGCUGAAGUAUAUCCCGUGCCAUGUUGUCAAGCUUUGAGCAGUUCACAUUUUGUAGAUCCUCUAACAGGAACACUUGUGAGGAACUGCUUCAUGAUCGACUGUGUUCCAGGGAAACCCAUGCCAAUGCCCAAAAAAGACCAACACUUAGGCCAAGCACCAUUAUCUGCUGGAUAUAUAGUCUCCAAAAUAGAGUCAUCAAGGGAAGGUGCUAAACAGUUUGAUGUCUCCCAGCAGUAUGGGGAUAUUGCUGAAAGGGAAACAAACUUAAGGCAAGAAAAUGCUUUUUAUGAAGAUGCAUCUCCAGCAGAUACCAAAACGGAAAUUAUUGCCACCACUCCACAAUUGGAGAAAACCCAAGCUGAGUUACCCAAAUCAGACCCAGAGUCAGACUUAAGUAAGGCAGCAGACAGUGGUGUGGACCAUGGACGCUCUAGUAUCAGUCUGGUGGAGAUUGAUGACUGUAGCGAUGAUGACAUCACUGAUGUAACCUCUGGGAUUUUUGGGGACUUCACCGUUGAAGUUGAACCUGUUGACUACACCAAUCCGACAUUCAAGUCAUUACAAAAGCAGGUUGAUACGCCAGACUCCAUGGACUCCAUUGACAUACCAUAUACUGCAUGUUCCAGUGAGACACUCAGUCCUGCCUCCAUUCAUCCGUCAAGCUCUCCCAAGACAGUGGACAGUGGAUAUGACACAGAAAACAAUGAAUCUCCAGAGUUUGUCCUAAAGGAACCCCAUGAGUUACAAGAUUCUAAGGUUUUUAUCCAACCCUUGGGAAAGGUGUCAUCUGGGUCUGAUUUUGUCAGUGAAGAACAAAAGAUUAAAAGGGCAGAGGAUGAGAAACUAGAGGAUAGUGUUGAUAAUAUAAUGGCACUGACAACAUCUGAGAGCAGUGAUGGAGAGUUGAACGCACUAAGUGAUAAAACUCCAUACAGAGAUUCGGCCUACUUCUCUGACUAUGAUUCUGGGAAAGAUAAAGAAAGCGAAGAGGACAUCAAUGAACUUGAAGAUCAGAAAGAUGGACCAGAGGAAAUUAUAAAUGAUAAAGAAGACCAACUUCCUCCAAAAAAGGAGGCAGAUGGAGAUGAAUAUAAUUUUCCAUCUUUAAAGGAAACUGAAAAGGCUCCUGAACAGCCUGAUGAUGCAACCUCAAACACUCCAUCAAAUAUUGAAGAAUGUAUGUCUGGUUGCAACAGAAUCAGUGGUGUGUCUCUUUCAUCUCCUGAUAAUGAAGUGUCUACCAUAAAAUAUUAUUUUGGUGAGGAUGAAAACGUUGGUGUAGAUUCAGAUCUUUCUGCUGAACUCGUACCAUCUGACGUUUCUGAUUCAGAUGCUUUGCUUGGUCCAGAUGUAAAGCAAGAGGAAUCUUUCAAACAUGUAGGUAGUGAAGAUAUUCUGUCUCUCGACCAAAUAACUUUUGAGGGUGAUGGUGAACACACCAAUAUUCCAGAGGUCCUUACUGAUGAGAAUGAAGAGGACAUAGUCAAAGAUGAAAUUCUGUUCGAAGAGGAACUAGCAUCUCAGAAGGAAAGGAACAUUUCCCCUACACAUGAGGUACUGGAAUCUAGGAGUAAGGAGUGUGAAGAAGGGGGACGUAAAAGAAGCUCCAUGCGUUCUGGCUCUCCUCCCCCUCCAUUAGAAGGACGGGUGUCUCCCACAGAUGGAGAGGAGGCUGAUGAGGAAGACGGCGACUCUGAGGAUAGUGAUGAGUCUGAUGAGGAGCUGCGGACUUACAGUAUCCAGGAACAGAGUGAAGAAAGCGAGGACGAGAUCUUGACCGUACCUAUCAUUGUGAGUGACUGCAGCGAUUCACACAAACUCAGAAGUCUGCUUAAGAUGCCAACGCUGCUCAGCGAUUCACUGUCUGACGAAACUGAGAACAAAAAGAAGGUGGUGUCUUUCUUUGAUGAUGUCACCGUCUUUUUGUUUGACCAGGAAAGCCCAACCAGAGAGCUGGCAGAUCAAAGUUUUCCCUUGGAUGGAGGGUCAAGCAAACCGAGUGCAAAGGGUAAAGCACAAAACCAGCAGGAAAAGGUCAAUCCCUCCGAUGAGUCGUCUGAUGGAAACAUCUCAGAAGAGAGUGCAGGGUUUGAAUGGGAAGAUGACUUCCCAUUGUUGCCUCUUCCCACAUCUUCUAAGGGUUCUCCUCCAGACAUCACUGCAAAGCCGAGCCUACCGAGUGGCAGUACUAAACCUGUGGCACAGGUCUCCCGUUUUACUGUUUCUCCAUCCAGUGUGUCACGUUUCUCCAUCACACAUGUCUCGGAUUCAGAUAUGGAUUAAGCUGGAGAAAUAAGUGAAGAUGGGGAAAGAGAAUGAAUCAUCAUACUACUGCCAGCAGACUCUUAUUUAUUUUUGUUUAUGUACUUCUUUGACUGAGGCGGUCACAAUAAGAAAGAAGUUUUGAUCUCUUUGGAAACCAUUUUUGGAUCCUUUCAAAGACAGUGCCUCUUAACAAACACUUUAGAGCAGCCCUUUUGAAAAGGACCCAGAAGAAGAAAAAACUUGUGGCAAUGACUAAAACAUGAUAGGAAACACAAACUAAAAUUAAAUUGUGGAUGGAUCUGCUUGGUUUAUAUGGACCUGCUGGAAACUGUGACUGUUUAAAACACUGAUUACUGUAUUUUUGGACAGUUUUGAAAAGACGUUAAUGGUAUCAACUGCAUUAAAAUCUUAGCGAAAUGUAACAAAACUAAACCGAACUGAUUUCUAUUGUGAAAUAUCAAUGCAGUGUUUGUCUAGAAAAGGAGGAGUUUCAAAAAAGGAAGUUAUUUAAUUGUUUUUAUGACAACAACAACAAAAAAAAAAGUUCACGACACACAGCUGCCUUGUGUUUGUCACCUGCCUGAGAGUAGCAUUGUGUUUGGUGACAUGGCAUUAUGAAUCCACUUUUAUGAUUUUAUGAAUAAUCAAACUUGGAUUAUUGUUGUUAUUAUUAUUGAAUCUCUUCAUAAUUUGAAUGUUUAGUGUUUUAGAUACUUUGUUUUAUUUAUUUACUUAUUCAGUGCUUCAAUAUGAAUCAGUAUGUACAUGAGAUUGCUAUUUCCAUGUUCAUGGCAGAAAUCAUGUUUCACAGUCUGACUGAAAAUCUGCAGUUAAAUCCAUAAAAUAAUAACAAAAAAAGAUGACCUUUUUUAAAAAUAGUGAAGUUUAAACAUGCAGUAGAAAAGUAGAAAAACUCGAAAUAAUCUCAAAAAUAAAUAUUAAACAAUAUGUACUUGACAACCUAUUAUGUAAUGGAGGAUUUCAUGAUUAGACAUGUAUUUAAUGAUGUAUUUAGGGUGACUGCUGGUGAAGAGGGACACUUAAACUCAAGCAUCAUCAUUAAUAUAAGAUGCUUAAUACAUGCUAUACAUGCUUUCUAUCUUUUGAGGAUUGAAGCCAGGUAUUAUGAUCAGGGUGUUCAUCAUAUACUUAAAGAGUGUUAUUUAUUAGUCAACAUGUUUUAUAUUUCCUUGAACUUUGAAGAACAGAUUGUACUAAUUGCAGCGCUUCACAGACUGUCACACUGAACUAAAGUUGGACUUUGACCAAUAGGAACAAUUUAAACUGCUGAACAAAAUGGACAUAUGAUCUUGUGAUUUUUUUUUUCUUCAUAUGGUUGGGAAACAAUACAUUAGACUCGAUCAAGGAGGAUGAGCCUGCUGAUGUGACUGAGAACAGUGUACAGUACAAAGGGACUCGAUGCUACCUGUACGCUUCUGUGCAUCCGACCAAACAUAAAUCUCGAUAUGCUUCUCAAUAUGUUCUGUUUGUUUGCCUGUGAAGGCAUUUAUUCUAUGUAAUCGUCUAGCUUAGAUCAAACUAGACAACAGUCUGUACUAUUUUUGUAUUUGAUUGAACAAUUUGAAACUACUGAAAGAUCAAAUUGGCACUCAGGAGGUAAAGGGGAAAAAAAAUAUUUUCUGCCAACAAAAUGUAUGACGUGAUGUGGCACAAGCCGGAUUUGCAUCCUAAAAAUUAUUAUGAUUCAGAGCAGCGGAUUCACAGAUUUUUCCUGGGACAUUUGCCUGUGCGGUGGUUUUGAAUUGCGGUAUAAUGUUAACUGAGAGUGUAUGUAAUUCUGUUCAUGAAAUGUGUCACAAAUUUAGUGAGAAAAAUAAAACUAUUCUGUUUGACA